AUGUCCUCCAGACUUCCUUCAAGUUUCGACGGUGAAGAACUCGCUGAUCGCGAUUUACCAUUCAUUGACAGGGUAUACAAGCAUUGCCGUGAGCAACCAUUUGUGCCUCUCGGAGCUUUAUUGACCACUGGUGCAGUCAUUUUGGCCGCCAAAUCAAUAAGAACCGGCCACAGAAAAGAUGCUCAAAAAUGGUUCCGUUACAGAGUUGGUUUCCAAGGGUUCACAAUUCUUGCCUUGGUAGUUGGUGGUUGGUACUAUAAUACUGGUGAUGGAUCUAAGAAGAGAGAACAAGAAGAAAUUCUUAGAGAAAAAGCCAAAAUGAGAGAAAAAUUGUGGAUUGAAGAAUUGGAAAGAAGAGAUGAGGAAGCUAAGAUGAGAAAGAAGAGAGCUGAGUUGGCCAGAAUUAAGAGACAGCAACAGCUUGAAGAAGAAGAAAAGGAGUCCAAAUCAAAGAUUCUUGAAGAAGUCAAAGCUUUGGAAGAAAGCAAAAAAUAG